AGGUCACCUGUGCAGCGUGCACCUGUAAAACAAUCUUAUCUCCAGGAGGGACACGCCACUGAGCAUACCAGCGGAGGCACGCCUAAGUGUAGUCGGCGACCAGAAGAGGCAGGAGUCACGAUGUAUCUCUUAGCGUUGGCCACGUCACUAGUCCUGAUCGCAUUCUCCUCCAACUCGGCCAGGGCGUUGAAAAAGGAAAUCCGGCCCCCGCAGACGCUCUCCAGAGGUUGGGGAGAUGAGAUCACCUGGGUGCAGACCUACGAGGAAGGAUUGUACAAUGCCAAGAAGAGUAACAAACCUCUGAUGGUGAUUCAUCAUCUGGAAGAUUGUCUGUACUGUCAAGCCCUGAAGAAAGCAUUUUCUGAAAGCGCAGAAAUCCAGGAACUGGCGAAGGAAAACUUCAUCAUGCUGAAUCUAAUGCACGAAACGAGAGAUAAGAAUUUGGCGCCAGACGGGCAAUACGUUCCCAGGAUCAUGUUUGUCGAUCCCUCCCUUACAGUCAGAGCCGACAUCACCGGACGUUAUUCCAAUCGCCUUUACACCUACGAACCGCAAGAUGUACCUUUGUUGACAGAAAACAUGAAGAAAGCGUUACAUCUGGUUCAGACCGAGCUAUGAGACGCCACAGGAGGGGUCCGCACCAUGGUCCGGGGGCCGCUUAUGACCAAGAUUCCUGUUUUCACCAGAGUCUGUAAACCCUAUAUCGGAUUUCUGGGGUCAUAUAUGAACAUUUGAAUCCAGAAUGGAGAAAAUGGGGUGAAAAGUACGGAAAAUGUGCAAAUUAUAUUUCCAUAGGGAUAUUUUAUGAAAGAAAAAUCAAAUAACUAGGGCUGUAUGAG